UGCUUUUAUAAAUAAAGAGUGAACGCACGCAGAUGGAGGUGUUUGUGCUGCUGUCAGCGCUGUUAUGCGUUCAGACCGCCGUCAGCUCUCCAGUCUCCACAGCUGCUCAGGCUCAGGGUUUUCACAACACAAUAAAGGCCAUCUUCUAAAGCAUUUCAGAGGCACAAAGGCCCACAUCUUCCUACAGAUCUUCCUGUUUUAUGCAGGGAACAACAAAUGCUUCUGACCACCUCAAUCAAUGCUCAUGGUUUUCUGGAGCGAUAUGGAUACCUGCACAAGGAGAAUGAAUCUCACAGCACAGCUGAAGUCAAGUCUGCCAUCAGAGAGUUUCAGUGGUUGUCUCAGCUGCCCGUCACUGGAGGACUGGACAGGGUCACUCUGGAGAAGAUGAGCUCGCCCCGCUGCGGGGUUCAGGACACCUGGGGUCAAAGGGUCAGCAGCAUCUUCACAGGCCGACAGCUCCGGAGGAAGCGUUCCGCUCAGACAGGAGAGAAGUGGCACAAACAUCACCUGACGUAUCGCAUCAUGAACUGGCCACGUAAUCUGUCUCCCAGUCAAGUGCAUAUGGCAGUGAAGAUGGCAUUCCAGCUGUGGAGUAAUGUGUCCGGACUGAUCCUCCAGGAGCUCCAGCAGGGUCCCGCCGACAUCCGGCUGGCCUUCUAUGAAGGAGAACAUAAUGAUGGGACAGGGAAUGCAUUUGACGGGCCAGGUGGUGCUCUGGCUCAUGCAUUUUUCCCUUCCCGCGGUGAAGCUCAUUUUGACUUGUCUGAACGCUGGACUCUGAACGGUCUCAAAGGACACAACCUGUUCCUGGUGACGGCCCAUGAAAUUGGCCACACUCUGGGAUUGGUGCAUUCGCCUGUCCGUCACUCUCUAAUGUCACCAUACUAUAAGAAGAUGAGCUCGAAUGCGCUGCUCAGCUGGGAUGAUAUCACUGCCGUACAACAGCUGUACGGGAAACCAGCGGGGGAUUCAGUGCAGCAGUUGGCGGGAAGGGCUCUGAGAUGGGCCAUGCGGGACUGGCAGAUUUCUCCAGACCCUAAAGGAGGUUCCCCCACACCCCAGUACUGCCAGGGCUUCUUUGAUGCCGUCACCAUGGAUGACAAUGGGACAGUGCUGGUGUUUCAGGGCCAUCGUUUCUGGACGGUGUCUAAUGGCAGUGUGAGCGCUCCUCUCCCUCUUCAGACGCACUGGCCAAAGCUGUCAUUGGCUAUUGAAGCAGCAGCCUUCUCUCCACUCGACAGCAAACUCUACUUCUUUAAAGGACGGCAGAUCUGGCGUUUCUCAGGCUCUGAUCUGGACCCUGGAUUCCCUAAGAAGAGCAGUAAUCUGGGUUUGCCAAAUCACCCUGACUGUGCCUUCUUCUACCAGCCGCUGGGACGCAUGGUGCUCUUCAGAGGAUCCCGAUACUACAUCCUGAACCCGGAGUCUCUCAGCGUGGAGCCGUACUAUCCUCGUGCCCUGCGGGACUGGAAGGGGCUUCCACGCGGACUCAACGGGGCUUUGACCCGGCCGGACGGAAAGCUGUAUUUCUUCAAAGAGCAGCAGUACUGGAGCUUUGAUCCUGAAAAGGUGCGGAUCACUGCGACUGGCCAGUGGGCAGACAGACUGCCGUGGAUCGGCUGCCACACAAAUCCAUCAUUACGGGAUAAUGAGCUACUCUGACCAGCAGAGGGAGACAAACAAGAUUCACAAUAAUAUACGACAGAAAUAUCUUGCUCUGCUGCAGUCUACUAAUCGAGGGGUGAGAACCAGAAAGGCACGAGUGACAUUUCACCAACUUUACAGGAGAGCCAAAACAAAAAAUUUACCAUAGUAAAUGAUCUAUUUACUCUCUAUUUACCAUGAUCUGACUUUGUGUACUGAUUUCAAUUGUUUAUAAUAAAAAUUUGUACACUCUUGGAUGACAGUACUUUUGCCAGUAGAAAGAGCUCAUUAAGAGCUUUCAUUUGAUAUAUACAUCUCCAUUUCACCAAAAUUGUCACUUACGCCCUUCUGAUUCUCACCCCUCGAAAUGUAAUGUUUUAUGCUGAGUGCAUCAACACCCAGGUUAACAGGUAACAACAUGACAUUGCAUUUUUUCAGUGUUAAGUACAUAACAAUAAUGUUACCAGAAAGACAGCGUUCUGAAAUCCAAAUAUCUAGUCUAGCCAAAUAAAAUUAUAUAUAUUUUUAAAAAGUGAUGGGUUGAUUACCAAUACCAACAUCUAUCUCAUAUGAAAUAUUAUCCUAAUCAAAUGCAUCAGUCACAAUCCCAGCUGUAUUAUAUCCCCUAAAUUGAGUCUAAUGCAAGGAAAGUUAAAAGCAUAAUGGGAAUGUAAUUAAAGCCUUUGUUUGCAAAGAAUUGUAGAGCAAGGUUUACUAUAUUCAUAUUUUUUAAUGAAAAUUAAUAUUAUUAUUUUUGUUAAUUUAUUUAGAAUGUUAACUAAAAAAGAAUGUAAAAAAAAUAAUAUAUACUUGGACUUGCUAA